AUGGCGCCCGGGGGGCCGCGGGGCCGGGGCGGGGCGCCGGACGGCCGGGGGUCCUCGCGCCCCGCCCGCCGCGCCGUCCCGGCAGCCUGGCAGCACCCGUUCCUCAACGUGUUCAGGCACUUCAGGGUGGACGAGCGGGAGCGGGCCCGCAAGGAGGGGGACGUGGCCUCCGUGAUGGACCGCACCCUGAGGCGCACCGUGUACCGCAUCCGCGGGGCCGUGCCCGCCCGCAACUACAUCCAGCUCCCCAGAACCAGCGCCCAGUCCCUGGGGCUGACGGGUCGGUACCUGUACCUGCUCUUCCGGCCCCUGCCCGCCAAGCACUUCGUCAUCCACCUGGACGUGGCCACGCAGGACAGCCAGAUCAUCCGCGUGUCUCUGUCCAGCCUCUUCAGGGAGCUCAGGUGCACGGCCACCUGGCUUCACCUCCCUCUUACCUGCGAGAUCCCCACGUCCAGGGCAGGCGACGGGGGAGGCCUGGGCCAGGCCACCUGCAGCCAGAAGGGUGCCGGCGCAGCGAGGAACGGGGCUGGCCAGGCCCGCCCUGGCAGCCGCUGGACCUGUUUGCAGCUUGACCUACAAGGCCUCCUGCAGCUGCACCUGCACCGGGACUACGGGCACCUCAAGGGCGUCCGGCUGUGCGCCAGCCUGCUGGCUGGGGGCCUCUACACCAGCAACCUGUGCUUCGAUCCUGAACCCAAUUCUGCAGCUGUCACUGUGGCAGAAGCCCGGCGGGCAGCGUUGCCCGUCGCCCCUGUGCCGAGAGAGAUGGCCUUCCCGGUGCCGAGCGGGGAGCGCUGGCAUGACCUGUACCUGCAUGUCCGGUUCCCGAGCCACGGUCCCGACGCGCCCUCCCAGCCGGCUCCAGAGAGCCACUCCCGCCCCGAGACAGGCUCUUUGCCUGGUGCAGCGCUCCCAGGCCAGGGAUGCCCGCCUCUCCCUCGUCCAGCUGCAUGUAUCCAGCCGGGACUGGCCUGUGCGGCCCAAGGGCCCUGCCCCUCCGCUCCUCCCAGCGGGAAGCAGAGCGGGCAGGCAGCAGCUCCAGGCAGAGACUCCUCCCAACCGAGGGUGAGCGGGGCCAGGUGCGAGGCAGGCACCCCUGGGGGGCCGGGCCCAGCCAGCCUUGGUGAUGAUGCCAGUCGCCCUCGCCAGCGCCCCCUCCCAGAUCCGGCCCUGCGGCUCCAGGGGGUCAUCGGCUUUGGGGGCCACAGCACCAAAUGGGCCCUGUGGACCAGGGACGGUGCCGCAGUCCUGUACCCCUGCCAUGCGCUCGUGGUGGAGCUGUGCGUCCACACCCGGCAGCAGCGCUUCUUCCUCGGCCACACGGACAAGGUCUCUGCCCUGGCGCUGGACGUGAGUGGCUCCCUGCUGGCCUCGGUGCAGGCGGGGCCCCCCGGCAUGCUGCGCCUCUGGGACCCCCACACCAGGCAGUGCCUGUGCCUUCUCCGCAGCCCCGCCCACAGCGUGGGCUCCCUCAGCUUCUCCCACAGCGGGGCGCUGCUCUGCGGUGUUGGGCGGGACCGCCACGGGAAGACGGUGGUGGUGGCGUGGGACGUGGCCCCGGUGCGGCGUGGCGGCGAGCCUGUGGUCCUGGCGAAGGUGCAUGCCGACGUGGACAUCCAGGCCUUCGAGGUCGCCCGCUUCGACGAGACCAGGAUGGCGUCGUGCGGACGCGGCGGAGUGCGGCUGUGGCGGCUGCGAGGCGGGGCGCUGCGCUCCUGCGCGGUGGACCUGGGCGAACACCACACACUGGACUUCACGGGCCUGGCUUUCGGGUGCACGCAGGGCCGGCACACGCUGUACGUGUGCAGCCGCAGUGGCCACAUCCUGGAGGUGGACCCGCAGCGCAUGGCUGUGCGCCUCGCCCGCCGCCUCCUGCCCACCCCCGCCCCUGGCAGCCCCUCCCCCCGGAAGCAGGCCUUCAGCUCAGGCCCGGGCAUCCCCAUCAGCAGCCUCAGCGUCUCCGAGUCGGCCUGUGCCGUGGGCUCUGAAGAUGGCCGCCUGCGCCUCUGGUCGCUGGACUUCUCCUCUGUGCUGCUGGAGGCGGAGCACGAGGGCCCAGUCAGCUCGGUGCGUGUCAGCCCUGACGCCCGGCGGGUGCUGUCCACCACCUCCUCGGGCCACCUGGGCUUCCUGGACAUCCCAACACAGGAGUACAGCGUGCUGAUGCGCUCCCACACCGCCCCAGUGCUGGGCCUGGCCACCGAGGGCAGCCACGGGCAGCUGGCCACAGUGUCCCAGGACCUCACGGUCCGCGUCUGGGACCUGGAGAGCCGGCAGCAGCUGUUCGACUUCACAUCCCCUGAGGAGCCCCCCACCGCCGUUGCCUUCCACCCCACGCAGCCCUUCGUCUUCUGCGGCUUCAGCAGCGGGGCCAUGCGCCCCUUCAGCCUAGAGGCCCCCCAGGUGCUGGCGGAGCACAGGUGUCACAGUGGCGCGGUUACCGGCCUGGUGGUCACGCCCAAUGGCAAUUUCCUGUUCAGCUCCUGCUCUCGGGGGACCCUGGCGCAGUACUGCUCUGCCACCCCCCCAGGCCGUGUGCUGCGUGUGGCAGCUGGUGUGGUGUGCCAGGACUCCUGCCCAAGCCCCAACACCCUGGCGGUCAGCGGGGACAGCCGCCUGCUGGCCUUCGUGGGUCCCUCCAAAAACACAGUGACUGUCGUGGACACAGCUUCGCUGGACAAGCUGCUGCGGGUGGACAUCAGCACCCUGGACCUGGCUGGCGGCCACCUGGAUUUGGCCGCGGCCGUCUGCUUCAGUCCUGCGUCCCCCACACACCUCCUGGUGUCCACGGCGUCUCCCAGGGUCCUGGUACUGGACGCCACGUCGGGCUGUGUGGUCCGGGAGGUGAGCCGGGAGCCGCGGCUGUCUGGCUGGACGCCCGGGCCAGGCCUCCCGGAGGCUGCGCCCCCGUGGCCCCGUAGCGCGCUCUUGCAGCUGUCUGGGCCCCCUGGACCCUGCUCCACGCUGGCCCUCAGCGAAGACUCCCGUCUCUUGCUGACCGCUGCGGGUCGGGCCCUCCACGUGUGGGACCUCGCGCCGCAGGCUCCGUCCCGCGGCCAGGUGUUCGUGGGCCACUCGGAGCCCGUGCGGGCCGUCGCCUUCGCCCCCGGCCGGCGCGCGCUCAGCGCGGGGGACGCCGUCUUCCUCUGGGACGUGCUGGCGCCGCCCAGCGAGGCCGGUGGCGGCCAGGGGCAGGACGUGCUCCCCGCGGCCAGCGGGCCCCCCCGGCGGCGGGCGCCCUGCGGGGACGGCCAGACGGGCCCCGGCCGCGCGCUGCGGGGUCGGGGUCCGCCGGCCGCCCCGCCGCCCUAG